AUGGAGGAGCCUACCCAAGUGCAGGAGGCAUCCGAGGAACAGGCCACAGAGUGGCAACCGGUGAGUGAAGGAAGUCCUGUCAGUGGUGCGAGUCGCGAAGAUACCGCAACUGAGCUCAUUGACUUUGAUAAUCUGGAAGAAGGCCUCUCGCCGAAAGACAAGAUCGGCGCGGACACGAUGUCAGACCUACUGGAGCUGUCACAGACCGAGGUGGUAGUCUUGAACAAGUCCUGGGAAAUGUUCAUGGUGGCCCUUGGCGGUGAGCGAGAGACGGUGGGCGAUGCCAUCUUCGGGGCCUUGAGCGACCGCUUGGUCUGUAUCAAGGAAGCGUUCAAGGGCCGACCAAGGGCGAUCAUCUCAUUGAACUUGUUCAAUGGCUUCCGCCUUCUUUGCAACAAAGCCGGAGACGCCGAGGACUUGAGGAAGCAAGUGGAGACUUUGGCAUUCAAGCAUUUGGGCAACGAGAUCAACCAGCAACGAGUGGACGGUGUCACUGAGUCCUUCCUGGAGCUAGUGCAACAGAACGUACCGAACUUGCCCCCGGGUGCUGUGAAUGUGUGGCAGAAGAUGCUCACCUACACCGGCUCUUGCUGCAGGUACAUCAGUGCAACCUACACUGAGAGGCUGAAGAUCAUCCAGGAAGACUGGGCAGUCAUUCAGACCGCUCAGGAGGCGGAUGCCAAGGAGCACGAGGACGGAGAAAAGAACGUGGAUCGCAGCUUCGGCGGGAUGUGCGCCUUUAGCAACGAGGUCAUCGGCCAGGAGACUGAAGGCUGGAUGUUGGAGCUGCUCCAGGUCUUUGGGGUCUUGGUGGAACGGAUCGGAAACCCUUCACACUUGCUGGAGGAGUGCGAGCUGCUUGCCAUCAGCAUGAUCAACAAGAAUAAGGACAUUGACUUUGACCGGUUCAAACCCGUGAUGUUAGCGGCCCUCCGCUCACUGCUUCCCAAGACUUGGAGCACUAUGCAUGAAACUGCCUGGGAGUGGCUGUGGACCACCAUUGCCCACAACCUCGGCGAGUCCACCAGCAAGGUGAAGGCCUUCAAGACCUACAACGUUCAGCUCUUCUCUGCCUUGAAGGAAGAGCAGCUGGAUGUUUUCCGCAACGAUCUCUACACCGACUUCUUUGCGAAGUGUGCUGCAAGUCAGGAUAUUUUCAAGCAGUCGCAGACCCGGCUGCACUACAUCGCCGACCGCGUGCUGCAGUCGUCCUAUGAGAUGUUCCACACGCCCAAGAAUGAAAUGGUGGACGAACUUUCUGCGCUGGGUUUGCGACAUGUAGGUUAUGGCGUUCCCAUCGAGCUCUUUGCGCCCUUCACCGACUCCUGCGUCACCGUGGUAAAGGAUGUGGUCUCCAAAAUGCCCAAGAGCGAGUCCACGAAGAUUGUGACGAACGCGCCGGGGCUUCUGCAGGGUGUGGCUGCACAGCCAGCCUCCUUUCACAGCCAGAUUGGUUAA